GUAUAUAACUUUACUAUGUCCAAACAUGAUCUGACCGAUUUCCAACGUUUAGGUGUAGUCAAUUUUUACCUUCCCAUUUCCAAAAAUUCCUACAAUAACUACUUUUUCCUUAAUUAUGCCGUGGAAUCCAUGUUUGUCAUGACGAUUGCCGUAUUUUUGCUUAGUUUUGAUAUAUUUUAUUUCACAAUUUGCACGGCAAUAGCUGCUCAAUACGAAACUAUAAUAUCGGGAUUAAAGAAAUUUGGUCACAACAGAAUCAAUAAAACUGAUGGAACUCAAAUGUAUGAAGAAUUGAAAAUCAUAAUAUCCGAUUAUCAAAAUCGAGAUGGUGUGAACUUUGGGUUGUAUAGUUGCGAUUGGACGGCAAUGGAUAUACGUUUUAAAAAGUUGUUAAUUUUAGCAAUGGCAAUGAAUAAUGCGAAUCAGUUGAAAAUUAAAGCUACGCCGAACCGAGCCAUCGACUUGCAGUUGUUUUUAGGUGUUAUACGCACAUCAUACACUAUUGUAUCGUUUAUGGUUAACGUCGAGUUGUCAAGUUCGGAUAAUGUUAAUUAA